AUGUUACCGGAAGAUACUAUCCCCAAGUCAACUCUCGAUAAGCCGCUUCAGCAGCUCACAGAAGAAGACAUUUCUCAGAUUACUCGUGAGGCCUGCCGCCGUUACCUCAAGGAGAAAGGGAUGAGGAGGCCGUCGUGGAACAAAUCGCAGGCGAUUCAGCAAGUGAUAAUGCUCAAGAGACUACUUGAAACGACGACGUCAGAUGCUGAAGCUGAGCCUUGCAAAAAGCUCUACCUUCCCCACCCUAAUAAAGAGUACGAUGAUAAUCUGCAGCGCGUGGGGUCUCAUGACAUAGUAAAGCUACGCGAAAAAAAAGAAAAGCACAUUUGGUCAGUCAAAAUCAUGGAUGAACUUCUUAAACGAGCUUCUACCAAUGAGUACGAAAAUAGUGGAGAGAGUCCCCAACGUUUUAUGUCGCAUAAACGCGAUGUAGAAAUUCCUUUCUCAGUUCCUGAUGCAGGAGAUAUUUCCAAGCCGGGUGAUGAUCAGACACCCCAAACUAGCGAUGGAGCGGAUAGAAAAAAGGGCACCAAUGGAAAUGGUUACAAAAAUAAGAUGCAGGAAAUUGAAAAGGGGGAGACAGCACUACUUGUUGCUGCAAAGAAUGGUGUGGUCGAGAUGGUGGAAAAGAUUAUUAAACUUUUUCCAGUGGCUAUAAACGACAUGAACACAAGCAAGAAGAACAUAGUAUUGUUGGCGGUGGAAAAUAGGCAGCCUCGUGUUUACAGGUUUUUACUCGAAAAGACUACAAUAAAAGAAGACAUUUUUCGGAAGGUAGACAUCGAUGGGAAUAGUGCUUUGCAUCUUGCUGCGAAGCUGGGAGAUCAUCGGCCUUGGCUUAUACCUGGUUCUGCAUUGCAGAUGCAAUGGGAAAUCAAGUGGUACAAGUUCGUCAAGGAAUCCAUGCCAUUGCACUUCUUUGUACGUCAAAACAAGGACAACAAGACCGCAAGGGAGAUAUUCACUGAAAGUCACAAUGAACUCGUCAAGAGUGGCCUCGAAUGGCUCUCCAACACCUCCAAGUCAUGCUCAGUUGUGGCAGCCCUCAUAGCCACAGUCGCUUUUGCCACUUCUACCAACUUCCCGGGUGGCUUCAAGGAAGAAAGCAACAAACCCACCUUCGCAAACGAGCCUGCAUUUAAUGCAUUUUCCAUAGCAUCCCUUGUUGCACUCUAUUUCUCUGUUACAUCGCUGGUCAUGUUCCUCGCCAUACUCACCUCCAGGUACCAAGAAAAAGACUUCGCCAAGGACUUGCCAGCAAAACUUUUGGUGGGAUUGACGACUCUUUUCGUGUCUAUUGCUUCUAUUUUGGUAUCUUUUUGCGCCGGCCACUUUUUUGUGCUUAAAGAUGAGCUGAAAUAUUUCGCAUUCCUGGUAUACGGCAUCACAUGUCUACCGGUGACAUUUUUCGCCAUAGCACAAUUUCCAUUAUACUUUGAUCUUAUACGGGCUAUAGUUAGGAAGGUGCCUCAACGUAGCUACAAAUAG